CAGGCGGAGCGGAACCGGCGAGGUGAAGCCCGGGGGCCCCGCAGCCGGAGCGCGUGGCGGGGGCGCCGGCUCCAUGGGCAGCGGCGCACAGCGGCUCGAUGAUGAUGAUGAUGGACGUUAACAGCAGCGGCCGCCCGGACCUCUAUGGCCACCUGCGUUCUUUCAUCCUGCCAGAGGUGGGGCGCGGGUUCCCGGACCUGAGCCCCGACGACGACGGGGGCGCGGACCCCGUGGCGAGCUCCUGGACGCCGCACCUGCUGAGCGGCUUCCGGGAGGCGACCGCCAGCCCCGCGCCCACCUGGGACGCGCCGCCGGACAAUGUCUCGGGUUGCGGGGAGCAGAUCAACUACGGCAGAGCCGAGAAAGUUGUGAUCGGCUCCAUCCUGACGCUCAUCACGCUGCUGACGAUCGCGGGCAACUGCCUGGUGGUGAUCUCCGUGUGCUUUGUCAAGAAGCUCCGCCAGCCCUCCAACUACCUGAUCGUGUCCCUGGCGCUGGCCGACCUCUCCGUGGCCGUGGCGGUCAUGCCCUUCGUCAGCGUCACUGACCUCAUUGGGGGCAAGUGGAUCUUCGGACACUUCUUCUGCAACGUCUUCAUCGCCAUGGAUGUCAUGUGCUGCACGGCCUCGAUCAUGACCCUGUGCGUGAUCAGCAUAGACAGGUACCUUGGGAUCACCAGGCCGCUCACAUACCCCGUGAGGCAGAAUGGGAAAUGCAUGGCGAAAAUGAUCCUCUCAGUCUGGCUACUCUCCGCCUCCAUCACCUUACCCCCGCUCUUCGGAUGGGCGCAGAAUGUGAAUGAUGACAAGGUGUGCUUAAUCAGCCAGGAUUUUGGCUACACCAUCUACUCCACCGCGGUGGCGUUCUACAUCCCCAUGUCGGUCAUGCUGUUCAUGUACUACCAGAUUUACAAGGCCGCUAGGAAAAGCGCCGCCAAACACAAGUUCCCCGGCUUCCCCCGGGUGCAGCCCGAGAGCAUCAUCUCCCUGAAUGGCAUGGUGAAGCUCCAGAAGGAGGUGGAGGAAUGCGCCAACCUUUCCAGACUCCUCAAACACGAAAGGAAAAACAUCUCCAUCUUUAAGAGGGAACAGAAAGCUGCCACCACCUUGGGCAUCAUUGUCGGGGCCUUCACCGUGUGCUGGCUGCCCUUUUUCCUCCUCUCCACUGCCAGGCCCUUCAUCUGCGGCACCUCCUGCAGCUGCAUCCCGCUGUGGGUGGAAAGGACAUGCCUGUGGCUGGGCUAUGCAAACUCUCUCAUUAACCCUUUUAUAUAUGCCUUCUUCAACCGGGACCUGAGGACCACCUACCGCAGCCUGCUCCAGUGCCAGUACCGGAAUAUCAACCGGAAGCUGUCAGCGGCAGGCAUGCAUGAGGCCCUGAAGCUGGCUGAGAGGCCCGAGAGGCCCGAGUUUGUGCUGUAAGACAAAGCUCUGACUACUGUAGAAGAAAAGGUCAUGAUUCAUAAUCCAAAGUGGAAUAAUGGAGAUGAAAUACGCAAGGCAAAACAGGUGGAAGCAGAAUGAAAUGAUUCUCCAAGACUGCACCGGAAUGCUGCUUCUAUCCUUGGUGGGGAACACUAACCUGUGACACAUGGGGUGAUCUGUUGCACAAAGUGUUUGGUGGAGGAGGUGGUGGCUUCUGCUUUGUAUUUCCCCUGUGGAUCAGCGCUAUUGUGUGCAAAUGGAAAUAGUUCUCAGUGUAAGACAGCCCAACCAUCUCGGCUGCAAGCACACUCACAGAACUGAUUUCCAGAAGGGAAGCAGUUUCUGGUGCUUUCUUUUGCAUCCAUCCACAUCCAUGCAAAUGAGAGAAAGUUCCUCAACUUCUGAGUCUAGGCGUCAUGAUGAAUAUUCAGGAAUCAUUCAUGAGACAAAAAAAUGUAUUUUGUUCUCUGACAGAAGGGUCUCUUUUCAAGUAAACUGCGGUACGCAUAGUGUUGAAUAUGUUGCAUGUCCAUGUUAGAAAACAGAACCCAGUCAUCAGCUAAUACAAGUGAUUCCUCGGAGCAGUGUUUGUUUCAAAGCUUCUGUCAAAUUGUUUGGCUUUUCUGCAGGGUCCCUGUAAUUUCCCACCAUGUACUUUCCUUGUGGACUCCCUUAUUGUGAUGGUAUAGCUCAGGAAUAGAUCUCAGGAUGGAGAGAAGCAUAAAAAUCUGAAAACAGCUAUUUUGUGCAAUCCCGCUUCAGAACAGUCAGUCCUGAAUGGCGAUGAAGAGUGAGUGCUUCCUAGCCACAUUGUAUAUUAACAUGAUUCUGGCAUGUCGUUCACUCUCAUCUUCUACAAGGGUGCAGUGAGCCCCUGGGGCAGGUCCAUAACUUGAUGGUAUGAGGUAGAUAAGGCAAGAAUCAGGUUUCCAUGAAUGGUUGAGGGCUUCUGGAGACAGAGCAGGAACACAGUAACUCAAGUGAACUGGGUGAAUUUGGGGUCACGCAGGCCAGUGUAGGAAUAGCCCUAGAAUACCAUUUGGUAUCAUCAAGGGAAGUUGUUUUUAUGUCCUCUAUAUCUUAAAUCAGAUAUGUGCCUGGAUAAUUCUCUCCUUUAACCCCUCCUCCUUCCAAUACAAAGGCAUAGGCAUGAAGGGCAGGUAAAGAAACUGAGUUCCUUUGUGGCUAGGAUUAUCUUUGAAAAGGUACCAUGUCCUUACUCUGAUCUGAAGAGAUGGAAAGACAUAGAUGAAAAAAAGAAUAUCCAUAACUGUAUGAGGAAAAAGGAAGCCAAACUAUCAUUUGAUAAAAAGUGAAUUGAAAGAGAGUAUUAUUUUCCUACAAUGAAGGGGUCUGUUGUCUCAGAGGACAGAAUGGAAUUCCAUCAUGAACUAUGGACUUCUUCCAGCUGUCAUUGACAUUGCUUCUGACCACAUGCAAGAAGGGUCGCCUGUCCUGCGAGGGGAGGUGGACACUGUUCUGUCAGACAAAGCUUGUACAAAUUCCUGAACCGCAGAGUUGCUAAAUUGACAGUAUAUACUUAUAAUUCAUAAUUUAAA